GGAUUCGGUUUACAUCUUAUCAUGGGAACUUCAUGCUAAGGUCCACAGAUUUACUAGCACUUCCAGCCGUUGAUUGUGAUAAAGCAUAUGCAAUGCAGUUAUCACUUGAAGAGACAUUGUUGACAACUCAGACAGUUUACUUCCAAGUUGCUUUGCUAUACACUGCAUCUUGUGGAGAGAGGCGUAUCAGAGUACACACAGCAGCAGCUCCAGUGGUUGCAGAUUUGGGGGAGAUGUAUCGCCAGGCUGAUACAGGUGCCAUUGUUUCUUUGUUUUGUCGGUUAGCAAUUGAAAAAACGUUGUCCCAUAAGUUGGAAGAUGCACGAAACUCUGUACAGCUAAGGAUUGUAAAAGCUUUAAGAGAAUACCGGAAUCUCUAUGCUGUGCAGCAUCGCUUGGGGGGACGGAUGAUAUAUCCUGAUUCUCUAAAGUUCUUGCCUUUGUAUGGAUUAGCACUUCGUAAAUCAACACCUCUCCGCGGAGGGUAUGCUGAUGUUCAGCUUGAUGAACGCUGUGCUGCGGGAUUUACGAUGAUGGCAUUACCUGUUAAGAAAAUGAUGAAACUUUUAUAUCCUAGCUUGAUUCGGGUGGAUGACCAUCUUUUAAAGCCUUUAGCCAAAGCUGAUGAGUUCAAAAACAUCACGAGGUUACCACUGACAAUGGAGAGCUUAGAUUCUAGAGGUCUUUAUAUAUAUGAUGAUGGUUUUCGCUUUGUUUUAUGGUUUGGUAGAAUGCUUUCACCUGAUAUAGCAAUGACUCUACUUGGGCCAGGUGCAGCAGCUGAGUUAUCCAAGGUUGCACUCAGUGAGCGGGAUACUGAAAUGUCAAGGAAGUUAAUGGAGAUCCUUAAAAAAUUAAGGGAGAGUGAUCGAUCGUAUUAUCAGCUGUGCUAUCUUGUAAGGCAAGGUGAGCAGCCCAGAGAAGGCUUCCUUGUCCUCACAAACCUGGUGGAGGAUGCAAUUGGGGGUACAAAUGGAUAUGUCGAUUGGAUGCUGCUAAUACAUAGACAAGUCCAACAAAAUGCAUAAUUGACAGUUUUGGCAUAUUUCAUUUGCAGGAUUAUUGUGUGGGCCCCAUUUGUAGACUGAUGAAUAUCACAAAUAGUCUGAACUGGUCAUGUGUUUCCUUCAAAAUUGUGGGAUGGUCGAGUCGAAGACAAGUUCUGAAACAACAAUUUGUUUGGCACAUCACAGGAUUUAAUAAUUAGAGUGAGAUGUACUUAGCAAAUUAGCAUGGUGCCGCAGUUUUUACCUGGGAAAGCCAAGCCGGAUCAAAUUUUUGUAUCUGAUAGCUCAAUAAUUAUCAGCAAUUCCUAUAGUUGUGCUAUAUUCUUCUCUAUUUUCAAAAAUUUUGAACUUCAGUUAGGUAUUUGUUUGCCUAGAGUGGUGUUAUCCAUUGCUUACAAAAUUGUUGUCGUUUGCGUAUUGCUCUAUUUACAGCAACAAUUUAAUCAGAAAAAACAACUCUUUUGUGGUCAA